UGCCGGAAGGGUCGGGACUCGCCCAGCCACGUAUGAGCCUCCAAAAGUUUUGCCACCUGAAAUUUCGGCUGUGCGUCACCAAGCUACCGGUACCACCGGUACGGGAGUCAGAACACAUACAUGCAACUGCCGUAGCUACUCCUGUUAUCCAACUACUGUAUGCAUAAGUAUUGGGAUCAUUAGAGGCUUGGGCCGAGGGGAUUAGCGUUGACUGUUGUGUAGGGCAUUGCAGAGGCAUGCAAAAAUUACUAGUGUUUGCCACCUCUUUCGAAUGUGUUGCCUGCACUCCAACUAGCUGGAAAAUAUGCCAUGUUCAUGUACUAGACUAGCUAUUUCAUUCUCUAUCCAGAGCUACUAUUAGCUCUGGCUAGCUAGGCUAGACUAGUAGGAAAGGCUUUCGAUCUCAAAGGACGAAUGCUGGCCAUGGGCGGUGCCAGAAGCCACCUCCCGCCCUUCGGGAACUUCCCGUUGAGACGAGGUCCGGUCCCAGAACGUGGCAGGCCUUUAAGUGGCUUAUGUGCGUCCUGAGCAACUUUCCAACUUUGUCUUUUGCCUCGCUUUUCCAUGGCCCGCUGGCGCGUUUCCGAAAAAGUCACAGCCGAACGAAUCAAAUGACAGCCGAAUCAAUCGAUUUCGACCCGCUUCGACACCACUUCUCUCCUUGCUGGAGGAAAACUCAACUGCCUUGAACAAACCCACGACGAUGUCGCAGCAAGGCAAAUACCCCUUACAUGAUAUUGUCACUCCUCAUGAGCACGAUGUGCUGUCUGGUAGAGGAAACUUUGUGAACUAUCAUGCAGGAAAUGAGCAUUUUCGAGCUUUGGUGCGAAAGCACAAGGUUGCUUAUGUGGCUUGCCCGAAACCCCAGAAAGGCAAAUUCUCCCGUUUGAUUGUCGACGAGAUUAGAGCCCGGAAUCCACCAGGUCGUUUUCUAAAGCAAGAUGCCAGCUCAAAGCUAUGGCAUGAUAUAGGAGAGAAGAAGGCAUUGGAUAAGACGAGACAAGCCCUGCGAGAGGGUGCUCCUGAGAUCUCGAAGGAACUCACAGGCGACCCGGAAGGUGGGGGGAAUGAUCCCAACAAGGCAGCCCUGUAUGGAAUGAAUGAUGGUGGACUAGGAGGCUAUGGAGCUCCAGAGUUGAAGAAUGAACCCUUGGCGGCGCAGCAUGCCGCUCUGAGCAUGAUGCAGCAACAGCAGAGGAUGCAAACACCGCAGCAGCAACUAUCACUACAAAUGAUGUCUGGCGCCUCCCAAGGAGGAGGACACCCUGGAAGCCUCUACUCUGGUCAGCUCCAGCGAUUGCAGCAACAGCAACAACAGCAGCAGUUGCUCCAGCAAAAACAACAACAACAACUCAAGCUUCAGCAGCAGUCUCUAUCGAGGCAUCUAGGAGGAGGAGGUCAGCUUGGUGGACUAGGCAGUCUCGGAGGGUUAGGAGGAAUGGGUGGAGGUGGCAUGGGCGGAAUGGGUGUCAAUCCCUACGCAAACUUUCAAAAUAAUGAUUACGAUGACUUGGAACCGACACCCCUUGAUCCCACGCCAUUGAAUGCCAGAAAUCCGUACGGUCAAAUGUCGGGCAAUCCGAAUCUACAAGCGCAAUUACAGGCGCAGGCUCAGCUUCAGGUGCAGUCGCAGCAACUACAACAGCUUCAACAACGACAGCAAUUACAGAAUCAAGGCAUGGCGGCCCCCAAUAGCAACAGCAGCAACCCCGUCGUACAAAGAUCAUCGCUCAAGGAUGGAAGCAGCAAAGGCCGACCUGGCUUUCCGCGUGAAAAUAGUGAACAAAGUCUGCAACUCGGAAAUGCCUUUGAGGAUACAAUAGAACAUGGUUUGCUGGAUGGAACCGGCACGGACAAAAACAAGCAGAAGAUGGGAAAUUCAUCCGCUCACAUGUCCAUUAUGAGUCUCACCGUCAGCGAACUGGAUGGUGCCGAAGAUGUCGGUGUAGCUGGUGACUUGAGUUCGAUGUUUGACAGUUCGCUGCAGAUCUCGGACAAGAGAGCUUCUCAUACCAGUUCCGCUAGUAGCCGACGAAAGAGUGAUGAUGUCUCCAAGGCUGGAUUGUUGGACAUGAGUGUGGCAACGAUUGGAAACGAGACCGUGGGAGGUUUGAGUUCUGCUUUAGGAGGAGAUAUUGAAGAUUCUCAGGCGCACAUGGAGUCAUUCAGUCACAUGUUCGAUGAGUCAGAAAAGACUAAUCUGUAGUGUAAUUUUUCUCUGUAUCCAUACGUAGAGGUAGUUGCUACUGUACUAUCUAGCUUGAGAAACCGUUCCUAGCUAGUAGACAUCGAAUGGUCCUGUCACGAUGACAAAUGCAUGGGCCAGCGCUGGCUUGUGAAUCAAAUUAGGUAACCGGGCACAUGGGCACGAUGUGAAAGGGAUCUUGCUCGACGCCACGAACACUAGAUUGGUCCAGGAGCGCAAGAGUCCUCUAGCUAGUCUGGGAGUGGGGCAUGCCAUUGGACCUACCUGUAGUGCUGGUCCUGGUACUAGUACUACAGGAUCUAGAGUUAAUCCGAAUGUGGGUCCAGAGGUAGAUCCGGGUGUGGCUGGGGCUGCACUGGACUUCGUGUUGGGCCUAGUAGAGUGGCUGGGAUCUGGAGCAGUAAUUCCCAGGAGAAGCAAUGUCCUCGUGUUCGCCAUAGUGUAGGUCCAGGAGCGGGGUCUCGAGAUGGACCGGGGGUUGGGGCCAUGAGAGGUUGACAAGUAUUAAUAGAUCCACCACGAGCUCGCUCCUCGAGUUUGUCCAGGAGGAGUCCCAGAGUUUGUCCAGGAGUUGGUCCAGGAGAGGACAGCUUUUGCUUCCUGGGGGGGUAUCUAGUUGUUUAGUCAGAAAGUCCCAUUUCCUUGGUCUUUGGCUGCUGCCUGAGUGAUCAAGCCACUCGUUGCAUCCAGGUACGGUAGCAAGUUGGACAGCGAAACCUGAAUGUUCUGAAGAUUGAUGGUUGUUCCAUCCAGCACCAGUACGACUGUACUACAAGUCUGAGGAUCGAAUCAAUCAAUGACACGUGCUACAAGCGGCACCGGCGGUGAAUAGGCUCAUGAGAAAAGAGACUUGACUGACCAGCUAACUAGAAAUAAAUAGCUAGUCUGUGGAUACCGUUAGCUUCCCCUUCGCGCAUCUUCCCCUCAGGAUUGUGGUUGCAGGAACCCGGAGAAAGCUACCGGUACAUGUACUG